AUGAUUUUUUCCCUACUUUUCAAGAUUUUUGCUAUAUUUUCUAUAAUAUGCUCUACUGUAAUAGGAAUUCCACCUCCUCCUCCACGCCCACCUCAUCAGAUUUUUGGAGGCAUUUGGAGCCCCGAAGAAGGACCAUUUGGAGCUAUCAAGGACUCUUUGAAAUAA